GUGCGCACGCUUGGCACAGGGUAAACAUUCGUGUGUCCUCGAGCUUUGAGGGAGGGACUGAGCGAACUGUCAGAAAGAGAAAGAGAAGGAGAGAGAGCGAGAGAGAGAGAGACCGAACAAGCGAAUGGGAGAAGAGGCUUGCAACCAUCGCCGUGCACUGUAAUACUGGAUUGUACUUCAGCGGGAGUUAGCGGUUUGGCAGGUUUAUACACAUCAAAACAGAACAAAGAGAAAGACUCUACAGUACUAUAAAAGGAACAGCGAAAGAAAAGAAUAAAGCAACAAGGGAGAAAUCUCAGCGGCUAAAUUUCAAAAGAACCAAGGAGCCAGUGCUUGUGUUUUUCUCCCCUGCAAUAGGAACAUAAACUGGGACUUUGUAUUUCGUGGAGAAAUUGCUACAUUUCUUCGACCACUAGAAGUUUGUUGGGGAAAAUAUAUAUUUUCUGUGUAUUUUAAUUUGAACUCUCAGACGUUCUAAAUACGACAAAAACUUUCUUGUCGGACUGCACAUGGUUUCAAAUUGCUUUUGAGAACCUGGAUUUUUAUUCAUCGCUAUUUUAUCCAUUUCUAUUUGAAAUACAUAAAUGCAGUAAACACAACAAAUACGGAUUUAAAUUCAUUUUUGCUAUCCUUUUUUAUUCUUCUGGCGUUUGCAGAACAAGUCAAUGGUAUUUGCCAAAAUACAACCCAGACUUUUAAAGUUUGAAUAAUUCAUGAGAUACAAUUUGCCUGCUCGAAAAAAGUAACUGAAAAAGGGAGGGGGGUAAUCAACAAACAUAUUCAUAAGGGUUAACGGAAUGGCCACCGCGGCUUCCAACCCCUAUCUGUCCAACAAUAGUAUCCUCUCGUCCGGCUCGAUCGUGCAUUCUGACUCUGGAGGCGGUGGUAUGCAGCCGGGCAGUGCUGCGGUUACCUCGGUGUCUGGUGGGUACAGGGGAGACCCCACAGUAAAGAUGGUACAGAGUGACUUCAUGCAGGGAGCUAUGGCAGCGAGCAACGGAGGACAUAUGUUGAGCCAUGCUCAUCAGUGGGUGACAUCCCUGCCGCACGCCGCCGCUGCGGCAGCUGCAGCCGCUGUAGCAGCAGCCGAAGCCGGAUCGCAUUGGUCGUCGAGUCCCGUCGGUAUGACAGGCAGCCCUCAGCAACAGGACGUGAAAAAUAACUCGGGCAGAGAUGAUCUACACACGGGCACCGCGUUGCACCACAGGCCCCCACACCUAGGUCCUCAUCAGACUCACGCAGGGGCUUGGGGGAGCACAACUGCGGCUCACCUCAACUCGAUAUCAGGGGGACAGCAGCAGCAGCAGUCGCUGAUCUACUCCAACCCCGGGGGCUUCACGGUGAAUGGAAUGCUCAGUCAACCAGGGAGCCAGAGCCUGGUGCACCCGGGUCUGGUAAGGGGGGACACCCCAGAGCUGGACCACGGCAGCCACCAUCACCACCAUCACCACCAGCAUCCGCAUCACCAGCAGCAACACCACGGAGGGGUGAACAGCCACGACCAGCACUCCGACGAGGACACACCGACCUCGGACGACUUGGAGCAGUUCGCCAAGCAGUUCAAACAGCGCCGGAUCAAACUAGGCUUUACGCAGGCGGACGUGGGCUUGGCCCUGGGCACCCUGUACGGGAACGUCUUCUCUCAGACCACCAUUUGUCGGUUUGAAGCUCUCCAGCUCAGCUUCAAAAACAUGUGCAAGCUGAAGCCAUUGCUAAACAAAUGGCUGGAGGAGGCGGAUUCUACCACUGGCAGCCCGACCAGCAUCGACAAGAUAGCGGCACAAGGUAGGAAGCGAAAGAAGCGCACGUCCAUCGAAGUAAGUGUGAAGGGAGCUUUGGAGAGCCACUUCCUGAAAUGCCCCAAACCCUCGGCCCAAGAGAUAACCUCACUGGCGGACAACUUGCAGCUGGAGAAAGAAGUGGUUAGAGUGUGGUUUUGCAAUAGGAGACAGAAGGAAAAAAGGAUGACGCCCCCAGGAGUGCCACAGACGCCGGAGGAUGUGUACUCGCAGGUCGGCAAUGGACAUUUUUUAGUAGAUUACUUAAAAGAUGCAAGUUUAACUGGGCCGAGUGAACCGACCGACCAGAGGGUGACUACAAGUUCGUUCCAUCAGGUAAUUUUGGCGCAUUAACAACACCAACUGGAAAUUUCAAAGCAAGUAGUCCUAUUAGAAUUUUAAAAAGAUUCCCCCUGUACCCUGUAUCUGAUUUGCGAAAGACAAGAGGCAGGCAUUUGUAUAUUUAAAAAUGGGACAUUUUAAACCCCUACUUUAACAAAGGAACAAAAACUGCAACAGCAUCAAUACGAAGAAGAGUGGCAUCCACGAAGCUUCCAACAUAUUUUUUGCGGGGAGGACUGCAUGGUUUAAAUUUUCACAAAGAGGAAUUGGGAUUUUGAGGCCCUCCACGCCUAAUGAUAAAAUAUAAACUCACCAGGACUGUCCCCGCCAUCUGAUCUAAAAGAUCACCUCUUUUUUUCAAAUGGGAUUUUUUUUCAUGGGACUUGAACACCGUGAAUGAAGAAAUAGAAAUAGACAUUUGAAAAGAUUAUCUUCAGCUGCACUUAUUUGAAAUUCUUCUCCUCUCCGUUGCCAAGUGUGACUGAAUGGGUGCUGUGGAUGUAACUAUACAUGCUGCCAUUUCUAAGCAGUAUUCUUUGGUAGGUUUUAAUAAACAACAGACUCUGUAAAGCCGGCAAUAUAGAUUCAUUAGAUCAGAUGCUGAUCUGACUUAUUUACUUUAUAUUUUUCAUCAAAAUGACUUGUUUUAAUAUUCUAUUCGGAAUACAUAUCAAUUAUUCCAAACGGUAAUUUAUUUCCCCCAGAACUUUGUGUAAGAUGAUUUGCUUUCCUGUUUUCAUUGUUGACUUCAUUUGUUUUGUUUAAUUUUUGUAUUCUCGUUUCUAAAAGGAGCACAAAUCAACAUAAGCUGACAUUGACAGUUGUUAGGUAAUAAGGGUAUAUUUUGAUGUGAUAAUUUGAUUGUAAUUUAAUUUCAGUAGUGAUUCCUUACGAGCUGAUUGAGACCAAUAAAUUUGUUAGAAUGAAAUUA